AUGGGCAUCCUUUGUUCAGAGAUGUGUAAGAGAAACAAGGAAGCUCGCAAGAAGCAAACAAUUCCCCAUACUGGUGGCUCGAAACCUAUCUCAAGGAAAAGACAUGAAAUAUUUUUAGAAACUGGACGAAAACUUAGCCGUGGAGAAAUGUACAUAGAAACUCAUAAGAAGAAAGAUGGGUCGUUUGUGACUGAUGAAGCAAGGGACAUAGCAGAACAAAUUGAAGUACUUAUGACUCAAAAUGAGAGAGAUGAAUCAAGCCCAUCCACAAAUGAUGCUAUUGGCAAAGUGUUUGGAGAGGAGCAUUCUGGUAGGGUGCGAUGCAUGGGAAUGGGAGCAACACCUACUAAUACUUUCAGAAAUGCCAAUCAUCCUAGCCAGUUUUUUAAUUCUUCAACUUCAAAGUCAUCUACUACCAAUUACUCGCAAGCAGAUUUUAAACGUUUGGAGUCUAAAUUUGAUGGGACAUUGACUGCAUUCAAGGCUUAUUUUCUUGCUAAAGAAGGAAGAAUUCCUGUUGAACUUAUUAGUAUAUUUGACCACAGAGCUCAGGAUGAUGAUGUUGAGAACGAAAUUAUUAUACCGACAACAGGAAGGACAUCAUCAGAUGGAAGUAAUGAAAAUUGUGAAGACAUUGUUUAG